UCAAAUCUUAGGGUUUCCGCUCGGCGCUUGCGCAGUACCUAGAGUUCCUAAUGCGACGUCAGCUUUGAGUAUUAAAGGCUCUGAAAAGCGACGUGGACGUUAUAUUGGAGAGAAAACCCGUAAGACAUUAACAGGGUAGGGAGUAUUAAGACAGUCACCAUGGACCAGGUUAUGCAGUUCGUUGAACCCAGUCGUCAGUUUGUGAAGGACUCCAUUAGACUUGUCAAAAGGUGUACAAAGCCAGACCGAAAAGAAUUCCAGAAGAUUGCCAUGGCAACAGCAAUUGGUUUUGCAAUUAUGGGAUUCAUUGGCUUUUUUGUGAAACUUAUCCACAUCCCCAUCAACAACAUCAUUGUUGGUGGUUAAACUUCUUACCUGCUGAAAGACGAUGACCUGACCUGCAAAU